CACAACUGUCGCGGUUGGUUGUGGUUUUAGCUGUGGCAGCUAGAUAGGUUGAACAAAAAGCUGUUAUACUCGGGCUUUGGCACUGAGACCGUUAUUUUUCUGACAAAAAAACUUGUGUUUUUUUCUGCUGUAUGUGCCGUUGUCAGCUUUUUAAGGGUACCAGCUUAGAAGAUUAGCUAGCAGUGCGUUAGCUUUUAACCUAGCGUUUGUGACUGGCUUUUUUAUCUAUCCUAGCUAGCUUAAUGCUAGUUCGGUAACACCCGGUUACUAUGCAUUUUUUUUUAUUGCCAAUCACUUACAAUUUCGAGUAGUUAAUUAUACACGAUUAUCCGUUCAGUAUUGCCAAAAUGUCUUACAGUUUCAAAUGAAUAUUUACCAUAAUUAGCUAUUUUGGCAAGGCUAUUUUGCUAACUCAGGUGAUAGGCCAUCGAUUGAAAGGAAACAAGCUAACCAGUUGAUAACGUCAACUGAUCGGGUCCUCGGUACUGAUCAGAACAAAACCACGGGAACUCAUCGAGAUUGAUUUAGUGUCAUCAUAUGUUGACUGAAAACAGGAAACGUCAGCGCAGCGGUGGUGAUGAGGAGAGUGGCCACCUGGUGCCUCAGGCCAAAAGGCUGAGCAGACCUCACCCGCUCUCUCCUGAGCCAGGGCGGGAUGCGUGGGACUCUGAGUCAUCCAAUAGUGAGAGCAGCAGCAGCAUAAGCAGUCCGGAACAUGCGGCUGGGAGCUGUAGCAGUCAGUGCGUUGUUGGCCCCAGCAGUCCGGUCGGCUCCGGUGACUCAACGGAAAUGGCCGGUGGUGCCACAAGCCUGGUGACCUACCUGCAGAUCAACCGCAUCCUGAAACACGCCCACUUCCAGAGCUUGCAGAGCCGAUGUCCAAUCAGAGACACAUGACGACCCCAUGUCUCUCUCUGUCUGCCACCAGAGGAAUGAGUCCCUGAGGCAUGCCAGAGCACCACAUGCUGAUUCACUUCAUUCAGCUCUUCCCACCCAUCUCCAGUUGCUGUGAUAUCCCUCAGCUCUUCAUACCUGUGGAUAAAGCGAUCAGCACUUGGUCAGGUAUCUGGAGGGGAUUCAUCAUUCAAAUAAAUAAAAAGUGAUAAUCAUUUUAGCAAUAAUAACUGUGUGAUCAACUUAAACAUGUUUUGUGAUCCACUUAUUUUAUGACCAGUCUGGUUUACAUGCUGCUCUCAGACUGAUGUGACUGAUUGAUGACAAAUCCCUGUGUUUGUCUUUAAUGUUGUAUGAAAACAGUGCUACUGGAGCUGCAGAAAGUAGCACCAAACACGAUUUUAUGCCAGUCAGUGUGACUCGUUUAGUCUCAUAGUAGGGUACUUAAGUUGUAAGAUGCUGAAUCUGAUGUCUGUGUAAGUACAUAGACCAGUCUCAGGGAGGAUUUGCACUUGUCUUGGACUGCUCAUUUGCUUUCAUAUUCAGAAAGGAAACCCCUACAGGGUUCUGUAGAACCAUGGGUGGUAAUUAGGCCAAGGAGGUUAUGCUUUCUGUCCCUUUUUUGUUAGUUUAUAGAUUAUUUAGAGUUCAGAUAAAUUCAGGGGAGAGUCAAUCCAUGAUUUAGGUGAUUUGGUUUAGUGUGGUUUGCAGUUUUUUUUUUGUUAGGACUUAGAACAUUGCAAGAUUAGGCAUUUUGGACACUUUUGCUAAUUGUCCAUCCACUACUGCAUCACUUGGGGGGGAAAUGUGGCACAUUUUUCAAUACUUAACAAGUACAGUAUGUUUGACGGUCCUGAUGCUGAUUUUAAAAUUUCAAAAACCAUUGAUUGCUAAAUCAGGUGUUGCUUUCUGACAUAUUUAAUGUUUCAUUGUCUCUGAUUGAUCAUGGUACAGACUUAUUAGUCUGUUAAUAUGUCAGCAGGAUAAGGGAAAAAACUGUUGGCCCAGUUUUCAUGAAACUUGGUGAAAAUGUAAGCAUGGGCCAAAGGAGAACCCAUUCAAUUUUGGACCUGGCUCAUCAGUCAGAUACUAGUAUUAUCUUUUACUCAUGGAAACAGCCUUGGUAGAAGUCUGUUCUCUGCGUGUGCCCUUCUUGUUAUUUAAUCAUUUGAUAUAAAUAUCCUUUGUUUUUCUUGUGACCACUAUAAAGUCUUGAUUAUUCAAUAAUUACACUGUGGAUUUCAUUGGACUAAUCAUCGAUAAUUAAAUUCCAAUUCUCCUGUUUGACAUCGGAUGUUUAUAGCAAAUGAAAACAUGGGGCAAUUAUUUUAUAAUGAUUCCCAGAAUACAAGUUGAGUCAUAUCAGCAUUGAUCAUGGUAGGAAGCUUACCAUGUUAAAAUCAUGACAGCAUAACUUGGAAUAAGUCUUAUCAGAUUAGGUCAUUUACGUUUUCUUGUGAUCAUGGAAAAAUGUAGUGAUCACAACAUUUCUCAUGACCACAAAAAGCAAACAAGACAAUGGUUUCAAACUGCAAACAACUUUCCAUACUCCUUUUAGCCUUUUUAAAUUGUUUUUGGUUGUAUGGAGGCGUUUGAGCAUGUAGGAAAAUGUAGUUAUGUCUGUCCAGAGGGGGUUACAUCACAGCCUUUAGGAACAAAAGACAUUCCCCGGGCGUUGUUUGCGAUAUGACCACUGAAAUGCUGUUUUUAAUCGCAGACAAGCCUUUCUGCCUGUGCACUAACAUUGGAUGGUUGCUGUAUGUGUGUCCUUGUGCACUGAACAUCCAGGUACAUGCACUGACCAUGAGGCUGUGCGUCUCCUUCUUCUCAAAGCAUUAGAUUGGUUUUAUUGCUGAAGCUUCAUUGCAGGAGUAAGCAAAGCUGUUUUAUUUUCAGAAUGGUGUGUGUCAGAAAUUAAAACAUUUUGAAGAUGUGGUUUAUUUUUUCCAAUGAAAUAUUUUUUUGUAUUUAGUAAUGUACAUGACAUUAGCCUGCCAUUGACUUUUUUUCUUGUAAAUACCCCUUCAUUUCCAAAAUAAAAAUUAAUGUUUUUGAAAAAGGCA